AUGAUGAGUUUCGGAAUAUUGGAGUCGUUCUUUUGGAUUUCAGUCGCAUGUUCUUUCUUUUGCUUUUCUACUGGGUUCACUCCGGCAGACCAGUACUUAAUAGACUGUGGAUCCCCCACGAAUACCACCGUCGGCGGUCGAGUCUUCGUCGCCGAUGGCUUUGCCUCGAAGCUCCUUUCAACCCCACAAGACAUUUUGGUCAAUACCUCUUUAAAGCCCAUCACAUCUUCCGAUGAUUCGCUGCUCUACGAUUCGGCGAGAAUCUUUACAGGUCCCUCUAAAUACACUUUCUCAAUCAGCCAAAGUGGAAGGCAUUGGAUUCGCCUCUAUUUCUACCCUUUUGCUUCUGGAAAUUACAGCAUGAGCUCUGCAAAUUUCUCUGUUUCAGCCCAAGACUAUACACUUCUUAGCCACUUUAGUCCUAAGAACGUUUCUUUCAGAGAAUUCUCCCUGAAUGUAACUUCUGAGACCUUAGAAAUCAGCUUUAUCCCCACCAACAAUUCAUUCGCCUUCCUGAAUGCUAUUGAAGUUGUUUCGGUUCCUAAUGGACUGAUUACUGAUGAUGCCAAUCUGGUUAACCCUGCCGUUAAAUUCCAGGGCUUGUUGACUCAGGCAAUGGAGACGGUGGAGAGGGUGAAUAUGGGAGGACCAAGAAUAUCGCCUGCGAAUGAUAGGCUUUGGAGAACUUGGGUGCCUGAUAAUGAUUUCCUGGUUCAGGCCAACUUUGCUAAAAAUGUUACAAAUAUUGGAGCUGUUAAGUAUCCAAAGGGUGGGGCAACUGAAGAUACUGCUCCACCUACUGUUUAUGGUACUUGCACUGAGAUGAAUUCACAAGAUAAUCCCACUAGCAUAUUCAAUGUAACAUGGGAGUUUGAUGUGGAUCCAGGGUUUCAGUAUUUUGUUCGGUUUCAUUUCUGUGAUAUUGUGAGUAAAUCUCCCAACCAGCUGUAUUUUAAUGUUUACAUCAAUUCAUGGAUUGCAGCUCCGAACCUUGAUCUCAGUACUAUAAACGUAAAUAUUCUGGCCGUAGCAUACUACAUGGAUAUUGUUACCCCAGUGAAUGACAAUGGUAAGCUACGUGUCAGUAUCGGACCAUCCACUACUGUUAACGCUUACCCAGAUGCCAUUCUAAAUGGACUGGAGAUUAUGAAGAUGAAUAAUUCUAUGGGUAGUCUAGGUGGUGCUGUCAUCGCAAGCGUGCCUUUCUCAUCAAAUUCAAAGAAAAAUGUGGGGAUGAUAGUUGGCUUGAGCAUUGCUUGUGUUGUAGUGGUCUUCUUGGCAGUGUUCCUGUUUUUGUUUUGCAGAAGAAGAAAAAUGGCACGUCUUGGCCAUUCGAAGACUUGGGUUCCUUUCUCCAUCUAUGGUGGAACAUCCCUCACCAUGGGGAGUAAAUACUCAAACGGAACAACCCUCAGUGCAAUCUCUAAUUUGGGAUAUCGUUUUCCUUUUGCUGCAGUAUUGGAAGCUACUAAUAACUUUGAUGAGAGUUGGGUUAUUGGAAUUGGCGGUUUUGGCAGGGUCUUCAAAGGCGUUCUAAAUGAUGGGACAAAGGUUGCUGUUAAGAGGGGCAAUCCUCAGUCACAACAAGGUAUUGCAGAAUUCCAAACUGAAAUUGAGAUGCUUUCCCAAUUUCGGCACCGUCAUUUGGUUUCGUUGAUUGGGUACUGUGAUGAGAAAAAUGAGAUGAUUUUGAUUUACGAAUAUAUGGAGAAUGGAACACUCAAGAGUCAUCUCUAUGGCUCAGAUCGGCCCAGCUUGAGUUGGAAGGAUAGACUUGAGAUAUGCAUCGGAGCGGCCAGAGGACUUCACUAUCUCCACACUGGCUAUUCAAAAGCAGUCAUUCAUCGGGAUGUGAAGUCUGCCAACAUAUUACUGGAUGAGAAUCUCCUGGCUAAAGUUGCUGAUUUUGGGCUCUCAAAGACGGGACCUGAAAUUGAUCAGACUCAUGUGAGUACAGCUGUAAAAGGCAGUUUUGGGUACCUUGAUCCUGAGUAUUUCCGAAGGCAACAACUGACAGAGAAAUCUGAUGUGUACUCAUUUGGAGUGGUCUUGUUCGAAGUUCUGUGUGCAAGGCCUGUAAUAGAUCCCACUCUUCCAAGAGAGAUGGUGAAUUUAGCUGAAUGGGCAAUGAAGUGGCAGAAGAAUGGGCAGUUGGAGCAGAUUAUAGAUCCCAACCUUGUGGGAAAAAUAAAACCGGAUUCUCUUAGGAAGUUUGGGGAAACAGCAGAAAAAUGUUUGGCUGAAUUUGGUGUUGACAGGCCUUCCAUGGGUGAUGUCUUGUGGAAUUUGGAGUACUGCCUUCAACUUCAAGAGGCAGUUGUUCAAAAUGAUCCCGAAGAGAACAGUACUAAUGCAAUUCUGGAGCUGUCUUCACAAGUUAACAAUCUCAAUAAUGUGGAUACCACUAUCUCAGCAAACCAGUUUGAAGCGUCCAAUGCAGAUGAUCUUUCAGGUGUUUCAAUGAGUAGGGUGUUCUCUCAGUUGGUGAAGUCUGAGGGAAGAUGA